UCGUAACUUGAAAGAACACCACCUUUUAGGAUUUAAAAAAAUACUAAGUAAUCAAAAAUAAUUCCCGUCUAUCUCUUUAAAAUGGUAACUGCUUUUUUUAUUUUAAUAACUUAAUAAAAACGUGAUUUAAAUUUCGCGCCCAUUUCCGGCAAACAGUGCACAUGGUUUUGGUUGACGAAAUUUUCUUAUCCGGAAAAUAAACAAGCUUCGGUUGAGCAGUGAUGGAUCAAAUCCCGGCCGCCAUGGAUAGACACUUAGAUGUGAUUCAGUGUCACACAGAUGGCGGAGUAUUACUUGGUGCCUCUAGUUUAACCGGCAGAUAUUGGCUUGGUUCAUUAUGGUUUUAUCAGAAUCCAAAUAAUGCACCUGAUGUAGAAAAAUGUACAGCUGGGGUCCAGUUAGAGGCUGGCCUUACUGAUGCCAGAUGGAUAGAUAAUACCAAAGUUAUAGUGGGCUUAGAUACAGGUGGUAUAGAGAUCUGGGAGUUAAUAGAAAACUACCACACAUUUGUACAUGUUCAUUCCUCCUUAGAACAUGAUAACAUCAUCAGUAGUGUACAUCUGUCAUGUGACAACAAACGAGCUGUAUCAUGUGGAUAUGAUAAAUGUAUCAAAGUUUGGGAUGUAGAAACACUUUCAUCAGUUCACUCAUUUAGAGGGCAUUACGAUAUAGUAGAAUGUGUCAGAUGUCAUCCUUUAGAACCAUCCAUGUUCCUGUCUUGUUCACAAGAUAAUAGAAUAUUACUAUGGGACACACGGAAACCUCGACCUGCAUCAGUAGUAGGUAUGUUUCCUAUAGAACGAAAAUUUUUACCCUCUAUUGUAGAUUCUUCCCCAUUAGAAAAUUCUCCACGAAGCUUAGCAUGGCAACCACAAUCCAAGAACAUGUUUGCUGUUGGUAGCAGCACAGGGCAGAUUGUCUUUAAGGACACGCGGACCUCAAUUGGAACUCCUUUAUCAUUUACACCACACACAAGGGAUGUGUAUAAAUUAGAAUUCUGUAGUAACAGACCUCAAUUAUUGGCCUCUGUAUCAGAGGAUUGUACAACUGUUGUGACAUCACUGGACACACAGAAACAAGUAUAUAGAGAUUGUUCACAUAAAGAUUAUGUACGAGGAGUGUCCUGGAUGAAUGACUUACAGUUAUAUACGUGUGGUUGGGACUCACAAGUCAAAUUAAAUAAUGUUGUGCAUUUAUUGUCUCAUAAAAACGAUUCAGCAGAAAACAGUGUUCAAAUGGACGUUAAUGGUGGAUCAGAUGACAAUUCAAAUGCAAAACAAUCAACACAGGAAGUAAAAUGUAAUGGGAAUGGUGUUACUAUAGAAACUGGUGCUACAGAUACAAAGCUAGACACAACAUAACUACUACCUCUCUUUACAUGUAACAAACUACAACAAGACCAGACACAACAACUUGCAUUAAUAUUGUUUUUGUUUUGUUAUAUCCUUAAUUGUUAUGAAAAAGUAGUGAUCUUGAAGCUAUAGUCAAUUUUGUUAUGAUUUCUUUCAAUUAUUAACCAGCCCUUGGAAGGGAAUGCAUUUUACCUUAUAUUUUAUUCCAAGCCCUUGGAAGGGAAUGCAUUUUACCUUAUAUUUUAUUCCAAGCCCUUGGAAGGGAAUUCAUUUUACCUUAUAUUUUAUUCCAAGCCCUUGGAAGGUAAUGCAUUUUAAUGUAUAUUUUAUUUCAGUCUAUUUUGACAAAAUAUAAGAAUCAUCUGAUGCAUGCAUUGGUUGACUAAAUAUUUUUGACAUAAAAUUUUGUUGGAUCGUCUGUUAAAUUGAAAAAAAUGUCCAUCGAUAGUUGUAUUUUAUCCUGAUAACACACAUUUUAAAACCAUUUGAGCCAAUGAACCAUAUGAGCUUUUAUCCAUCCUUUUAUGUUGUAAAAAUGUGCUAGGGCAGUUUAAAUAUCCUUAAGAAACAGUCUUAGCUUGGAUGGAAGAGAGCAGCAUUUUCAAUGAUGAAGUUUGUACAAACAAGAUGGAAUAACAAAUGAAUUAAAAAGAAAACAGUUCAUAUAACAAGUUUAAUCAUGGUUUUCCAUUGUUUUUAUCUAUCUUGUAUGACAAAAAGAUGAAAAUUGUGCCAUGUCAGAGAAUAUUAUUGUUCAGUGCUUAUCAUGUUGAUUUUUUAAUAAAAUCAUAACAAUUCCA